CAUAUAGACAAACGCCCGCAGCUAGCAGCGAGCCCCGGGUCUGGCUGGCAGUGUCUCACACAGCGGGGAGAGGCUUCUGGAGCGGGUACCGUCUCCACCCAGCGCUGGAUAACCCCGGGGAACGGGCGAGGAUGGGCGGACGGACUGAUGAAGCGAGCUGAUCUGUAUUUCUCCGUGUUCAGAGAGGGAUAACCGGCGCCGUACAGCCGGAUACAUUUCAGCAGCGGGCGAGCGAGCGGCGCGUCCGUUAGCUGUUAACGUUUAGCCUGCUUAGCUACGGGUACGAUGCUUCAGUCUGAAUCUGGGCUGUUUCACCUUUAAACAUAUUUAAUCCCGGGUUUAAAGGAUUUAUAUUUUACUAAAACCCAAUAGAACACGAUCAGAACUCCGUCAGAACCCGUGUUUCAGCGAAAAAGCUGUGUGUGACUGAGCGCUGACUGUAUCCAGACAAUGUCCACCAUGGUAUAUCCACGGGAGGAGGCUCUGGAGAGGCUCACUCAGGAUGAGAUUGUGCUCAACACAAAGGCAGUGAUGCAGGGUCUGGAGACGCUUCGAGGAGAACAUGCACAACUCCUCAACUCCCUGCUGGACUGUGCCCAGCCCCCUGCCGCCCAGGAGAAAUCGGGCGUGCUCCGCAAGAGCCUGGAGGCCAUCGAGCUGGGCCUUGGUGAGGCACAGGUGAUCAUUGCCCUGUCUGGGCACCUGAGUGCUGUGGAGUCGGAGAAGCAGAAGCUGCGGGCGCAGGUGAGGAGGCUGUGCCAGGAGAACCAGUGGCUGCGGGACGAGCUGGCCAACACUCAACACAAGCUGCAGAAGAGCGAGCAGAACGUGGCUCAGCUGGAGGAGGAGAAGAAGCACCUGGAGUUCAUGAACCAGAUCCGUAAGUUUGAUGACGACGCCUCACCCUCUGAGGAGAAGCCUGGAGAGAAGGAGAAGGACAACCUGGACGACCUGUUCCCCAACGACGAUGACCAGGGACCAGCCCAGCCUAGUGGUGAAGUGGCAGCGCAGCAGGGAGGUUAUGAGAUCCCAGCCCGGCUCAGAACUCUACACAACCUGGUUAUUCAGUAUGCCUCUCAAGGCCGGUAUGAGGUAGCUGUGCCGCUUUGUAAGCAGGCUCUGGAAGACCUGGAGAAAACCUCCGGCCAUGACCACCCAGAUGUUGCUACAAUGCUCAACAUUCUUGCCCUCGUCUACAGGGAUCAGAAUAAGUACAAAGAGGCAGCUCACCUGCUGAAUGAUGCCUUGGCUAUCCGGGAGAAGACACUUGGUAAGGACCACCCUGCUGUGGCUGCAACCCUCAACAACCUGGCUGUGCUUUAUGGCAAACGUGGUAAAUACAAGGAGGCUGAACCUCUUUGCAAGAGAGCACUGGAGAUCAGAGAGAAGGUUCUGGGGAAGUACCAUCCAGAUGUGGCUAAGCAGCUGAAUAACCUGGCCCUGCUGUGUCAGAACCAGGGCAAAUACGAGGAAGUGGAGUACUACUACCGCCGAGCCCUGGAGAUCUACGAGAGCAAGCUGGGGGCUGAUGAUCCUAAUGUGGCCAAGACCAAGAACAAUCUGGCGACAUGCUACCUGAAACAGGGGAAGUUUAAGGACGCAGAGGCUCUGUACAAGGAGAUCCUGACCCGUGCACAUGAGAAACAGUUUGGAUCUGUUAACAAUGACAACAAGCCCAUCUGGAUGCAUGCUGAGGAGCGGGAAGAGAGCAAGGGUAAGAAGAAAGACUCUGGUCCUUAUGGCGAGUACGGCAGCUGGUACAAAGCCUGCAAAGUGGACAGCCCUACAGUCACAAACACACUGAAAAGCCUGGGGGCACUUUACCGCCGGCAGGGGAAGCUGGAGGCUGCUGAGACUCUGGAGGAAUGUGCUACAAAGAAUCGUAAACAGGGCAUUGAUGCAAUUAACCAGAGUAAAGUAGUUGAGCUGCUCAAAGAUGGUGUCCCUGGUGGAGACAGACGACAGAAUCGAGACGGUCUGAAUGGUCCUGGGGGUCAACGGGGGGAUAAUGAGGGAGACGAGGCUGAAUGGAAUGGGGAUGGGAAUGGUUCUCUGCGUCGGAGUGGCUCCUUCGGGAAGAUCCGGGAUGCCCUGAGGCGUAGCAGUGAGAUGCUGGUGAAGAAGCUGCAGGGCAGUGGCCCACAGGAGCCACGCAACCCAGGGAUGAAGAGGGCAAGCUCUCUGAACUUCCUUAACAAGAGUGCAGAGGAGAGUUCACAGGACCCCAUAGGACCACCACAGUGCAGGAAGCAAACAGUGGCCUAUCAGAAUGUAGAGGACUCAGCGCCAGUAACGUGGACCUGUCGAGGCGCAGCUCCCUGAUUGGCUAGACAGUGAGGUUGGAGGGUUGGGCUCUGAAAAAAGGGGAGGACCCAGGAGAAGAGGCUGUUUUUGCCUUGUGGAAUUUAAUCUUAACCCAUCACUCUUGUUCAAGUCAUUCAUCUUCAAAUCAUUUUCCUAGGAAAUCAUUUAAAAGCAAAAGCUUCUUUAAUUUGACAAAGCUGCUGUACUACCAAAUAGCUGUCUGCUUCGCUGUAAAAUUACGCUAACAUCGAUCAAAUUAUUAACACAUAUAAACACAUUAAUAGUAUAUUUUGCACAGAUUAAGCCCAGUCCAGAACUGAACUGAACAAAACUGCACUGUUGGUGGUGAAUGUCCUUUUAACAAUAAUAAUAAUAAUAAUAAUAAUAAUAUUCCUUUCAGUGUUAGAUCAGGCUUUAAUCUGUUUAAAUACAGGUUAAUGCAAAAGUUCAGCAUGCUGCUUACACUACACUACACUACAGGAUGUCUGUCUGCACUGGAGACACCUAGUAGUGUCUCAGUCAUGGCAUGGGUGAAAAUAGAAAAAUGAACUACAAAAAAAAAGAAAUAGUUAGAAUAGUUUAUCAUAUAACUGCAAAUCAUACGAAGCAUAAUGUAUGUAAUUAUAAACAUUUUACCUUAAUUAUUAGCUGUGAUCAGUUAUGUUAUAUUUAGGGAGGAGGUACUCUUUCAGUGUGUGUGUGUGUGUGUGUAUGUGUACACUUCACUAGUAGCAUGGGUGCUGUGAAUGCUAACUCCACACAAGCGCACACACACGGACACACACAGAUCACAACAGUAGUACGAGUUGGUUGAAAACACUUGACUUUUGACUUUAACAAGCAGAAAAAAAAAAAGUUUCUUUUUAAAAUUGUGAGUAAAAUGCCUCCACUUUAAAAUGAAAGAAAGGAAAAAAGUACAGAAAAAACAGUAGUGAUAACUGGUAAAACCUCACUUUUGCCUUCUGAUUUUUAUGUAUAUACAGGUUUAAAUUAUUUAUUGUGUUUGUAUUUGUUUUUUUUUCCUUCUUUGUAAAUAGCACACGGGGUUUUGUUUACACAGUAGGAGGUGGUUCUGGUUGGACGUAACUGGAAAGUUGAUUUACGAGACGAAAGAAAUAUGGUUUUGUUACGUUUUCAAAAUGCUGUUUUGUUUUGGCUGUGAAAAUCAGGUAGGGAGAAUGAAACUGGACGAGAGGCACAUUGUGUUUACCUGAUGCUUUUGCUGUCCUUAUCCUUCGAGACCUUGGUACGAGCCAAUGUCCAAAAUUAUGUUCGAAAACUGGACUUUGUGUAUAAAUGUGUCUCUUUAUUUGGGGCCCACAGUUUACCAUUCUUGCUUGACCUCCUGAUUUUAUUUUUUUCAUAAAUUUAUGUUCUGAUGGAGGAUUGGUUCUGUCAGUUGGGUAUAUAAAUGAUAUUGAUGGUUACUGAUUUAUUAAGAUAUGUUUGUUUUUUGUUUGUGUAGGCUUUUUUUGUUGAGUUUUGUUUUGUGUUUAAUUUUUUUUAUUUGUGUUUUGUUUUUGUUUUGUUUUUUUACGAAUUUUACAAAAAAACAUCCAGCCAAAAUGUGCUAGUCUUAAAAACGGGGCCAUUGAAUUGAAUUGGAAUUGAAUGUGAGGAACGCAUUAAACUGAAUGUCUGUGCAGUCGUUUGGCCUUUAAAUUUAAAAUUACUAUUCUUUUGCACUUCACUUCAAAUUAAAUUAAAAUAAUACUCAACUAGAGUGAAAAGGUCCCUUGUUGUACCUAGCCAUACUGUACACUGUACAGCAGGGGGCAAGCUUUAUUGGUGAAUAUUGAUUGACAUGCUGGAUGAUGACUGUGCUACAGUGCAGAACAGAAGGAGCGUUAAUAGAAAAUGUUAAUAGAAAGGUGCUGAAAGGUAGCGGAGAUGGUUUCUGAUGUUCUUAGAAGGACCUGUGAAUGUGUUUAGAGUUGAAGGCAAUGUGCUUUUGGGAGCUGAAGGACCAAGAAAGGUAGAAGAAAGGGCAGAAAGGAGAUCAGGCUAGGAUAAGGAAAAGGAGAAGAACAAAUGAGAGUACAAACUUGCUGCAUUUAUUGUUUUUCACACUUUUUUGUCUCAUAAAUCUGCUCACAUUUGUGAAAGAAUUUUUUGCUUUCUAACUGUUGGAGUCUUAGCUCAGGUGAGUCUGUAGAAUAAAUUCUGUAUUUACACUUCUUCAGUAAAGAGAAGCAGCUUUAGCUCCUUAGUACUGAACUGUAUCACAUUGGGACAGAUUCCUAAUCAGGAAUUAAGCCUAGUCUUGGACUAUACAGCAUUGUUAAUGGAGAUUUUUAAUUAAAAGAAAAAAAUACAGUCUAUGGUUAGACUUACUCCCUAUGUUUAACUGACCCAUAGUGUUCAGAUGUGUACAGUUAUGCUUGUCAGAUAAGAAACAUGAAGCAUGACCUUACUCUGCAGUUUCCCAAUUUCCGUUAACACACUUGAUUUAUCAAGUGGUCGAGUGGUGGAGGUCAUGUUGGAGUUCAAACACUGCACUCCACAGGUCCAUUAAGGUACUUAUUAAUGCUUUGUUUUCCAGCUCCCCAUAGAAUGUGACCAUGCAGGUUAUCUGUGAUUCUGAUAUGCUCUUCUUCUCUUUAAAGAUGGGUUUCGGUUGUGAUUGGGCCAACGUCAUGUAUAUUUCAUAUAAAAGGUUCAAAAGUAAUAAAUAAAAAGCUUCACUUUUCAAACCAA